AAGCCCCGAAGCAUCGAGAGCCCCGACUCUUACGACGAAAGGAUAAAAGAGCUCGUGGCUGUAGCUCCUCGGUCCCAUGGGAAUAGCGAUCGAUCUUAAUUCACGGAGACAGGAGUCCGAAGCGUAGGAAGCGCGAACCAAACCGGGGUUUGGUGCGAGGUCGGCGUCGGCUGUUGCUCGUUGAAGGCGACGGCUAAUCAAUAAAACGAGCGAACGCGAGCCCCAGCUGUGAGCCGAACGUCUUUCCUCGAAAGGAGAUGGAGCUAUUCGAGGCAUGGAGCCUCUUCCGGCGGAAGCAUUACGAGGAGUGCGCAGCCGCCUGCACUGAGCUCCUCCGCAAGAGUCCCCUCGAUCAGGCGAUCUGGGUGCUGAAGAUGCGGGCGCUCACUCUUCAGGUCUACGUGGACGACAUCGAAGGCGAGGAGGAGGGUAUCGCCGAGACGCUCUUCGAUAACGAUACGAUAUCCGCAAUGCCCAGGCCGGGGACGUCCCUCAGGCAUCCCGGGACCGCCGUCACUGGACAAGGCUUUCGGCCCAAGACUCAAUCAGGUAGACCGUUGACUGGCUCGGUACGUCCGGCAACGCAAUCGGCUCUCGACACAUCUAGCACUCUGGAGCAGACUCUGCGUACCCCGAGGACGGCGUCAACUGCGCGUCCUAUAACAGCGAUCACCGGUAGACACAUGAGACUCGGCACGGCCUCGAUGCUCACGGAACCUGGUGGUCCGUUUAUCCAGCUCUCGAGGCUCAACGUCGCAAAGUACGCGGCCCAGCCCACCAUUGCCAAGCCGCUCUUCGAGUACAUCUUUUAUCAUGAGCACGAUCCGCGAUACGCACUCGAUCUAGCGGUCCAGGCAACCCAGGUAUGCCAAUACAAGGACUGGUGGUGGAAAGUACAAUUGGGCAAGUGUUACUACAUCCUCGGGAUGGUGAGGGAUGCCGAGCAGCAAUUUCGAUCGGCUUUGCGUGAGUGCAAGUCGAUCGAGACGAUCCUCCGGCUGGUCAGGGUUUACAUAAAGCUGGAUCAGCCACUGGCAGCGCUGGAUCUGUGCAAGAAGGGCUUGGACUACUUUGCGAACGAUGUGGCGCUAUUGACGGAAAUGGCCAGGAUCUUCGAGGACAUGAAUAACACGACGAUGUCUAUGAAAUAUUACAAAAUGAUAGUGCAAGAGGAUUCCUCGCACACCGAGGCCAUAGCCAGUAUAGGGCUACAUUAUUUUUAUAACGAUCAACAAGAGGUCGCGCUCAGAUAUUACAGGAGAUUACUGCAAAUGGGUGUUCACAAUGCUGAAUUAUUUAAUAAUUUGGGACUGUGCUGCUUUUACGCUCAACAGUACGACUUUACAAUCUCCUGUUUCGAAAGAGCCUUAAUUUUAGCCACUAAUGAAAAUAUCGCAGACGUGUGGUACAACAUUUCGCACGUAGCCAUAUGUUUGGGAGACUUGAUUAUGGCCUCGGAUUGCUUAAGAUUAGCGAUUGAUGCGGACAAUAGACACGCCCCAUCUUACAAUAAUCUUGGUGUUUUGGAAAUGAAAAAUGGAAAUAUCGUGAAUGCUCGCAUAUAUUUCCACACUGCAGCUAGUAUAGCCAAUUAUCUUUAUGAGCCACACUUCAAUAGUUCUUAUUUAGCAUACAAGAAUGGAGACCUGCAGACUAGUUACAAUUCAAUACAAAAGGCUUUAAAUGCAUAUCCAGCACACCGUGAUAGUCAAGAAAUCUUUAAAAAACUACAAAAGUAUUUUACAUUCAUGUAAGAAAAAUGAAAAUCAGAUUGAUA